AUGGAAGUCGUCCCUACCAAAACCCACAUAGCCCUCCUAGCUAGCCCCGGCAUGGGACACCUCAUCCCGGUCCUUGAACUCGGCCGGCGCUUUGCCGUCCACCACCGCUUCCUCGUCACCAUCUUUGUCGUGACCACUGACGCUUCCGCUGCCCAGUCCCAGCUCCCCCACUACUCCUCCUACCAAGACCUCCUCGAUAUCGUCUUCCUCCCGCCGGUAGACAUCUCUCACCUGGUCACCGACUCGAUGUCAAUUGUCUCGCAACUGGUCCUCAUAAUGCGCCACGCCAUGCCGAUCCUCUGCGCGGAGGUCGCAAGAUUGAAGCCAAGCCCCUCAGCCCUCGUGGUCGACCUCUUCGGUACCGAGGCUUUCGAGAUAGCUGACGAUUUUGGCAUGUUGAAGUACAUGUUCAACACCAGCAAUGCAUGGUUCCUUGCCUUGUCAUUGUAUUAUCCGCAUCAAGAUGAAACCAACAGACGUGACCACGCCUAUCUCCAUAAGCCGCUGUACAUCCCGGGAUGCGCGACGCUUGAGUACGAAGACACGGUUGACAUGUACUUGCUACCGGAUGACCGGGUCCUUCACGACGAUUAUGUGAAGAUAGGGCUCGAUAUGGCAAAGGCCGAUGGGAUAUUGGUGAACUCCUGGGAGUAUUUGGAGCCCAAGACGUUGAAAGCACUGAGAGAUCCGAACUUGCUGGGCCGGUUCAGCUCGGUCCCGGUCUACCCAGUUGGUCCAUUGAUUCGGCCGGUCAAACAGGUUGAAAAUUCGAUCUCCAGGAGCACAGCACUUGAUUGCCUGGACUUGCAACCAACCGGUUCAGUGCUUUACGUGUCGUUUGGCAGUGGUGGGACCCUAUCGGCUGAUCAGCUCACCGAGCUAGCUUGGGGCUUGGAACUGAGUCAGCAGAGAUUCGUUUGGGUGGUGCGGCCGCCCAUCGAGAGCAGCUCGUUCGGAUCGUACUUCCGUCAGGAUAAGAGGACCGAGGACGGGACGCCGGAUUACCUCCCCGAUGGUUUCGUGAGUAGGACCCGCGAGGUGGGCCUUGUGGUGGAGAUGUGGGCCCCGCAGACCGAGGUCCUGGCCCAUGAGUCGGUUGGGGCAUUCCUGUCGCACUGCGGGUGGAACUCAACCCUGGAAAGUGUGAUCAACGGGGUGCCCAUGAUAUGCUGGCCGCUCUAUGCGGAGCAGGGCAUGAACACGGCCAUGCUCUCCGACCACCUUGGUGUGGCCACUCGUUCGAGGGAGGUGGGGCCCGACGGGGUGGUCAGUAGGGAGGUGAUUGAGAAGACGAUAAGGAGGGUGAUGGAGCAGGAUGAGGAGCACGGGAAGUUGGUGAAGGCGAAAGUGCUGGAUCUCGAGCAUAGCGCGAAAGUGGCUCUGGCUAAGGGCGGCUCGUCCCAUGGCUCGCUCGAGCUGGUGGCUAAAAAGUGUCAAACGGGCCUCACGAGCCUGAGAGAAAGGGCCCGUGGGGCUUAG